AGGGAAAGAGAGGGAGGAGAGAGAGAGAUAAACACACACCACCUAGAACGUCAAACAAGAGUAAGUGUCAGACAGAAACAGGCAGAGAGGAAGAAGGGAGGGAACAGGGGAGAUAAAGGAUAGGAGAAAUAGCUGACCGUGAGUGAAAGAGGAGAGCGACAAAGAUAAACAAAGGGAGCUUUUGAAGGGAGACAGUGGGAGAGAGGUGUGUGUAUAUAUAUAAAUAGAGAGUGAGAGGUGGACCCAGCAGAAGCAGGACUUCUGUACAGUGUGUUGUGUUGGGACCUUCCUCCAGGGAGCCUAGUGGAGCAGAGCUUGGUGCCCGGUGAGAGAGAGACCCCCCUGGGACACAGACACAGCCAUGGAUCCCUCUGCGUCGGAUGAGGUUGGGGACGAGUGCAAGGAGAGCAGGAAGAUCCACUUUGCUGUGCAGUCCUCGGCACCCACCCAACUGGACCCCCGGCAAGUAGAGAUGAUCCGGCGCCGGCGGCCUACACCUGCAACACUGUUCAGAGUGGCAGACCAGUGUUCCCCUGAGGAUGAUCAGUCCACCCAUCAGUGGAUUGUAGGAGAGAAUGGGGUACUCAAGCCCAAGCGAGUCAACCCAAAUGUGUAUCAGCCACCAUCCCUGAAAGCCGUUCAGAAGAUGGCUGAGGCACACAUGCAGAACCUGGGUGUCUACCCCCCCUUGGAAGACCCCUUUGAGGGGGAGGAGUACGACGACUACCCCUGUCAUGAGGAGAGGGAGGAGAGAUUCCCCACCAAAGCUGCUGACCCCCAAGCGACCAGCACCACAGACCAAUCAGAGAAGCCGGAGGAAGAGGAGGAAGAGAAAGAGAAAGAAGAGGAAAAGACGGAAGAAAAGACAGAGGAGAAGGCAAAGAAAGUGCGCAAAAGUGUAAAGUUUUAACACUAAACAAACAAAAAUGAAGGGAGAGAUGGAUGGUUGCAGAUGUGUGAGUGAUCGAGUGAAUGAAUGAGUGGUUUAACGUGUGAACGACUGAGUGAAUGAAUGAGUGGUUUAAUGUGUGAACGACUGAGUGAAUGAAUGAGUGGUUUAAUGUGUGAACGACUGAGUGAAUGAAUGAGUGGUUUAAUGUGUGAACGACUGAGUGAAUGAAUGAGUGGUUUAAUGUGUGAACGACUGAGUGAAUGAAUGAGUGGUUUAAUGUGUGAACGACUGAGUGAAUGAAUGAGUGGUUUAAUGUGUGAACGACUGAGUGAAUGAAUGAGUGGUUUAAUGUGUGAACGACUGAGUGAAUGAAUGAGUGGUUUAAUGUGUGAACGACUGAGUGAAUGAAUGAGUGGUUUAAUGUGUGAACGACUGAGUGAAUGAAUGAGUGGUUUAAUGUGUGAACGACUGAGUGA